CGCACACUUUUCAGCUCGUUUCUUUUAGCGCAAUGUCAGACCCGGUUCAAACCUCCCCGGCCGAUUUACCUUCCGAUCCGCUUCUCAAACCCGGAGCUUUCAUCGACGUCAACGGUCAAGGAAAACCGGCCGAGCCAACCAAAUCUCGCAACGGUUUGAUCCCGAAUGGUUCCCAACCGGAGACACCUUCGCGGGGCUCGGUCAACUCUUCAUCGUCGGCAGAUUCUAAGGUGAAACGGCGCGUAGUGGCUCCGGAAACUUGGUUGCCGCCUGGAUGGUUGAUCGAAGAUAGGGUUCGGACCUCCGGCGCCACGGCUGGACUAGUUGAUAAGUAUUAUGUUGAUCCAACGUCAGGCCGAAAAUUCAGAUCCAAGAAAGAAGUGCUUUACUUUCUAGAAAACGGAUCUCCCCCACCUAAACGGAAGAAGGGAACUGAGCUUCCUGGCAGUGAAGUACCUUCUACAGGAAACUCUCCUGGCCAAAAACAGAAGAAGUCUGCUAAAAAACAGAAGCCGUUGAACUUUGAUUUCAUUAACGUUCCGGAGAAAGUCGAUUGGUUUUUAACUGAUGCCUGUUCAGACUCCUGGACUCCCUUCCUCGGGAACGAUUUAGUGCCUGAAUCUACUAAACAAGAUUGGGCCGCUGCAUUUACGUCCCUAACAGUCAAGAAAAGUAGUCAAGCAAUGUUUUGAAGACAUUUUCUACGUCGUUUUAGAUUUGACUACAUCGAUUAAACGCCUGGUUUCAUACUGACCAGCAAUAUCUAUAUUCGUGUUUCCAUCUCUAAUUGUUUUGGUUUUUCAGCUGUAAUCGCUCAUGUCUUGUUAUCUUUUGAUCAGACAUUUCACACACCGGCCAGGCUCGACAAAGGUUAGGACUUUUUUCUAGUUAUAAAAAAGUUCAAUAUACACUCAUGUAUUCAUUCUUUUUGGUCCCCCUUUCCUCUGUUCAUAUGUAGCCUGUAGCUAGAAAGUUUACUUUUAAAUGGCUUUGUUGUUUAAAAAAAAACUCUGAAAACUUAUGGUUUUGUUUUGACUUUUAGAGAAUGAAAUGCAGAGAUCCCUUUUGUUUAUUUUAGUUAA